AUGAGCGUGGCGCUGCGGAACGCGCAGUCCGCCGUGCCCGUGCGCCGGGCCGCGCUGCGCCGCGCCGUGUGCGCCCUGCGCGCCGCCCUGGGUGCCUCCCGCUUCGACGUGGGGCUGGUCUGCGCCGGCAACGCGUUGAUGCAGCGUCUCAACGGCGCCUACCGACAGUGCCCGGAGCCUACCGACGUCCUCUCUUUCCCGUUCCACCAAGUGGCGGCGGGGGAGCUGCCGCGGCCGCGCUGCCGUGACGAGUACAACCUGGGGGACAUCUUCCUGGGGGUGGAAUACAUCCACCAGCAGUGCCGCGAAACCGGGGAGGACUUUGACGAUGUCCUGACGGUGACGGCAGCCCACGGAUUGUGCCACCUGCUCGGCUACCGGCACGACACGAAACCCGAGUGGCAGCAGAUGUACCAGAAGGAAGCGCAAAUCCUGGAAGCGCUGAACCGUCUCACGGGCUCCCGCCUGCGGCCCCUCACCGCCGGCCUCUUCUGA